GGCGACUCCCGGCCGGCGCGGCUCGCUUUCCGGCUCCCUCCGCGCGGCGAGCGCAGCCCCGCUGGAUUUUUCCUUUCCCGUUCCAGCCCUCUCGUCUGCGCGGCGCGGCGCGGCGGCGGCAGGGGGAUGGGGGCCCCGCCUGGGGAAGGGGGCGAAGAUCGAUGAAGAUUAUUGUUCUUUUUAAGGAUGCCUUAGCUUCCUCCCGCCGCCUCUCCUUGGAGCCUCCCUACUAGAGACGGCGAGCCACCGGAGCGAGGGAUGUAGAGAGAGGGGGAAACACGCCGGGAGCUGCAGCCGGCCGGGGAGACCCUCCUCUCUGUGGAGGGGAGGGGGAUUUCCAGCGACACAUCAUUGGCGAGGCGGAUCGUCGCAGGGAGAGGAGCCCCGGAGCGAGCGGGGAAUCCCGCAGCCCUUUGUGGAGCCCGAGCCCGUGCCGCCUGCUGAGCGGGGUCGGUGGGAGCCAGCGUGUCGGCGGCGAUGCCCGCCCCGGCGGGACACUGCUGCAGCUGACGUCAUUCUUCGUGACCCCGGCCCUGCGGCUCUGUCCACUCCAAAAUGGCAGAGAAGGCUCCCCCAGGCUUGAACAGGAAGACUUCGAGGUCGACGCUUUCUCUUCCCCCAGAGCCCGUGGACAUUAUCAGGAGCAAAACGUGCUCCCGGAGGGUUAAAAUCAACGUGGGGGGCCUCAACCACGAAGUCCUGUGGAGAACGCUGGACAGGCUGCCCAGGACGCGCCUGGGGAAGCUUCGAGACUGCAACACGCACGAGAGCCUCCUGGAGGUGUGCGACGACUACAAUCUGAACGAGAACGAGUAUUUCUUUGAUCGGCACCCGGGGGCCUUCACUUCCAUCCUGAAUUUCUACCGGACGGGGAAACUGCACAUGAUGGAAGAAAUGUGUGCGCUCUCUUUCGGCCAAGAGCUCGAUUACUGGGGGAUCGAUGAGAUCUACUUGGAGUCCUGCUGCCAAGCCAGGUAUCACCAGAAGAAAGAACAAAUGAACGAGGAACUGAGGCGAGAGGCGGAGACGAUGCGAGAGCGAGAGGGAGAAGAGUUUGAUAACACCUGCUGCCCUGAGAAAAGGAAGAAACUGUGGGACUUGCUGGAGAAACCGAACUCAUCCGUGGCCGCAAAGAUCUUGGCCAUCGUGUCUAUCCUGUUCAUUGUACUUUCUACCAUUGCUUUGUCUCUCAACACACUGCCGGAGCUGCAGGGAAAGGACGAAUUUGGACAAUUCAACGACAACCCCCAGUUAGCCCACGUGGAGGCUGUGUGUAUUGCCUGGUUUACCAUGGAGUACCUUUUACGGUUCCUGUCCUCACCACACAAAUGGAAGUUCUUCAAGGGCCCACUAAACAUCAUUGAUUUGCUGGCCAUCUUGCCAUACUAUGUCACCAUAUUCCUCACAGAGUCCAACAAGAGUGUGCUGCAGUUCCAAAACGUGAGGCGCGUGGUCCAGAUCUUCCGGAUCAUGCGUAUCCUCAGAAUCCUGAAACUCGCCAGACAUUCGACAGGGCUGCAGUCUCUGGGUUUCACGCUCAGACGGAGUUACAAUGAACUGGGCUUGUUGAUACUGUUUUUGGCCAUGGGAAUCAUGAUAUUUUCCAGCCUGGUCUUUUUUGCUGAGAAAGAUGAGGAAGCUACCAAGUUCACCAGUAUCCCGGCAUCAUUUUGGUGGGCCACCAUCACCAUGACCACUGUCGGCUAUGGUGACAUUUACCCUAAAACGCUACUAGGGAAAAUUGUGGGAGGCCUGUGCUGUAUUGCUGGAGUUCUAGUUAUUGCCCUUCCUAUCCCAAUCAUUGUGAACAACUUUUCUGAGUUUUACAAGGAGCAGAAACGCCAGGAGAAGGCAAUUAAAAGGAGAGAGGCUCUUGAGCGGGCCAAGAGGAAUGGAAGCAUCGUUUCUAUGAACUUGAAAGAUGCCUUUGCCCGAAGUAUGGAACUGAUAGAUGUGGCUGUUGAGAAGGCCGAGGAGUCAGCCAAUACGAAGGACUCAGCCGACAACAAUCACCUGUCCCCGAGCCGGUGGAAGUGGGCCAGGAAGGCUCUGUCGGAAACAAGCUCCAACAAGUCCUACGAGAAUAAGUACCAGGAGGUUAGCCAAAAAGACUCCCACGAGCAGCUGAACAACACAUCUUCCUCCAGCCCACAGCAUCUGAGUGCCCAGAAACUGGAGAUGCUGUACAACGAAAUCACCAAGACACAGCCUCAUUCUCACCCAAACCCGGACUGCCAAGAAAAGCCCGAGAGGCCGUCUGCGUAUGAAGAAGAGAUAGAAAUGGAAGAAGUGGUCUGCCCGCAGGAGCAGCUGGCCGUGGCGCAGACCGAGGUCAUCGUGGACAUGAAGAGCACCUCCAGCAUCGACAGCUUCACCAGCUGUGCCACCGACUUCACCGAGACGGAGAGAUCCCCGCUGCCACCACCCUCCGCGUCUCACUUGCAGAUGAAGUUCCCGCCCGACCUCCCAGGGCCGGAGGAGCAGCACCAAAGAGCCAGGGGCCCCCCAUUUCUAACCCUGUCCAGAGAGAAAGGGCCUGCUGCCAGGGAGAGCACGCUGGACUAUGCCCCGCUCGACAUAACUGUGAACCUCGACGCCAGCAUCUCCCAGUGCGGGCUCCACGGUCCCUUGCAGUCUGACAGUGCCGCAGACAGUCCUAAGAGCUCUCUAAAAGGCAGCAACCCACUGAAGUCCAGAUCCCUCAAAGUGAACUUUAAGGAAAAUAGAGGCAGUGCGCCACAGACCCCGCCCAGCACAGCCAGGCCACUGCCCGUAACCACAGCUGACUUUUCGCUCAGCACCCCACAGCACAUCAGUACCAUCCUCUUAGAAGAAAACCUCCCCCAGGGAGACAGACCCUUGCUGGGUGCUGAGGUUGCAGCACACUGUCAGGGACCUUCCAAAGGGCUGUCCCCUAGGUUUCCCAAGCAGAAACUGUUUCCUUUCUCUUCAAGAGAGAGGAGGAGCUUCACUGAAAUAGAUACUGGCGAAGAUGAAGACUUCUUAGAGCUCCGGGGGGCAGGGCAGGACGAGCAGGCGGACUCCAGCCCCAAUUGCUUUGCAGAUAAGCCUAGUGACGGAAGAGACCCUUUAAGAGAAGAGGGCUGUGUGGGCUCUUCCUCCCCCCAGAAUACAGGUCACAACUGUAGGCAGGACAUUUACCAUGCUGCGGGUGAGGUCAAAAAAGACAGUAGUCAAGAAGGGUGCAAGAUGGAAAACCACUUGUUUGCCCCAGAAAUUCAUUCCAACCCAGGAGACACAGGUUAUUGUCCCACACGUGAAACCAGCAUGUGACUAGUUACAAAAGCAAUAAUAAAAACAAAAACAACAAACUUGUUUCUUAAAAAUGUGGUUAAUAAUGCCUGUGAACUAAAAAUGGGAAGCCCUCUCCCCGCCCCCAAAAAAGUGCAUAAAAUGUUAUUUUUGCAUGGCAUGAACAGUUUAGUUUAAGUACUGUUUAAAUAAAGAGUCAAGACUGCAUUUUGUAACAAACAAACAAAAAUGACUGAAGAACAGUGAACAAAUAAAGAGAGCUCUAUUAGGAACCAGUAUUCUGCAAUGUCUGACAUUUUUGAUCCUUUCAUUUCAAAUUGUAGGCAGAUUUUCAAGUUUUAACUUUUAUGUUAUAACAAAUUUUAGAAUUUGCACAUGAAAGGAUGAAAUGUCAUUGCAUGCAUUCAUACUUCUAAGGAAUAAGGUACUUUGAGCUUGCAAAAUGCAUAACUUUGUGUAAAUACUGGGGCCUGGAUGCAAGUGUCACGAACACGUGGAAACAAGUUUCUAAGACACAGGUAUUUCCUUCACAGCUACUGCCUGGAGGAGGUGUAUGUACAGACUUCCUGUUGCAAAAUUGCAACCUCUUCUUAAACCAUCUCGCAUAUCUCGCUUUGAGUUAUAAAGCUCUUAUAAGUACAUUUGUCUAAAGGAAUACAGUAUUUUUUAUUUACUUGUGAUAUAAUUCAUAGAGUGUAUUUUUCUUUUUUGCUUCUGCUUAGUUGUGGCAGUUGUGGUUUCAUUUAUAAGUCAUAGAAAUAGGCAAGAUUUAAUGACCAGAUAUCAAAACAUUUGGAUUUUAAGCUUGAAAUUUUGCCAGUAAAUUAUAUAUCAAGCCACAGCCUAUUAAAGGAAUGCAUUUUAUUAAAAAUCUGAAAUUAUUUAAAAGCUUAUAUCGAACAACUAAACUUUUUUUGUUAAAUGGCACUCCACAUACGGAAAUUCAUUUUUAAAAAAUAUAUAUAUUGUGUUUUGGCCACCUAAUAUGACUGUAUUUUCCACUUGUAUUCAACAUAACCUUACUAACUAAUGAUGUAAAAAUAGAAUGCAGAUAUGCCAAAAUGGGGAUUCCAAAAAGUGACUUUGGACAGACUUUUAAAAGCAGAGCCAUUUAAGUGAGACUGCCACCCCCCCAUAUAGAUAGAGUUGGUUCGGAAAUGAGUUACCAUGAAAAGAGCCCUUGCCUGGUAAUGGUGACCCAGUAUGGGGAGAGGGGAGAGGAGGCAGAGGACACUGCCAUUUGUGGAGGGAAGUUGUUCCUUUUGCAGGAUGCAAAUGACAGAACCCAGAGCCACAGAUGGCAGUAGCACCUCCCAGUAAUUGCAACAACUAGAAACAUCCCAUUACAUUUCCAGUCCCCCUCCCACACUACGGGGUGGUCAGGACUAUCCCUGUUGAAAGCCACUUCCAGCAUUUUCUACUGAGAACAGUGAAUUCCAGAGAAAUUAAGUCAUUUCCUGGAGGUGGUCCUGUUGGUAUAGUCUGUGCUAGAACUCAGGUCAUUUGAAUCCACUUUGUUUCACAGGAAUCAAGGCUCUGAGUCCAGACCUGUGAUCCUGGAUGAGCCUCUACAAGCUCUCUUCGUCUCAAUUU